CAAGCAACAUAGUUCAUUCAGGUUCAUUCGCCCGAGUGCUAAGACAAAGUUGUGGUGAUGGAGCAGCUCAAAAUGGCACUCAAUGUCCAUACCCGAUGCUGGAAGGAGUCGAAAUAUCCUUUUGGUUAUCCCGGUUGAUCGAGAACCAAAAUGGCAGAAAUCCGCAUCAAUAACGAAAUACUUGCGACGGUCAAGGAUAAAGUUGUCGUACUUACCGGCGGCGGAAAUGGCAUUGGUGCCGCGACUGUCACCAACCUUUUCCACGCUGGCGCUCAUGUUUUCUACUGUGACUGGGACGAAAAGCAUGGUAUCGAGCUUGAUAGGUCAUUGAGAUCCGGUGCGCAGUCGGGAAGCGGUUCGUCAACGUUUAUGAAGGCGAACGUUACCGACUACGGAGCGCAGUUGGCGCUGUUUGACGCUGCGUUUGACAAACAUGGAAGAAUAGAUAUGGCCAUUUAUUGCGCAGGGAUUACGGACCCAAGAGGAUGGCUGGAUGUUAAGGAGUUGGAUUUGAAAAGCGUGAGGAAGGUUCCCCAACAGCUGAUCAAUGUCCUCGACGUUAAUCUUACCGGCUGUCUUUACUUCUCCCGCAUAGCGCUUGCGUAUUUGAAAGAGGACGCCGCAAUCACCCCGGAAAGUUCCAAGUCUCUGACUUUCAUAUCCUCCGUAGCGGGAUUCAAAGAGACUCCGGGGGUGAUCGCCUACUCUGCCAGCAAGCACGGCAUCAUUGGCCUGAUGCGCUCCCUUCGUAUGACGAGUGUCUCGGAAUUUAAUGUCCGAGUGAAUGCAAUUUGCCCCUGGGCGACGGACACCCAGAUCUUCAAAGGUCUAACCGAUUCUUGGAGGAAUAAUAACCUACCGUUCAACACCCCUGCGGACGUUGCACGUUUAAUUCAACACGUGGCUGCAGACCCGGAGCUCCACGGCAAAGCGGUCUUUGUAGGUGGGGGAAAAGGGUUUGAUAUUGAGGAGGGUAUUAAUCGACUUGAACCAGAGUGGCUAGGGGAGCAGCAAGCGCGAGAGCUCAACAGAGGACAGCUGACGCUGGGAAAGGGAACCGGCUGGCUCAAUAAUGAAUAG